AUGGCUUCAGAGGUUUGUGCUGGUGGUCACCAAGUUCCAUUGGCUUUUAGCUUUUGGUGUCUGGAUACCAGGUCUUGGAGAGGCUGGAUCCUGCUGCUGAAGAGAACAUCCAUGCUGUUGGCAUUUCCUUCUCUGUCUGGACCCCAUGAGGAUAGCAUCCUAUGUGUUAUCGAAGAGCCAAGCUCUCAGACCAAGCCUCCCAAUAUCCUUGAAUAUGGAGAACAGGGAACUCCAGAUGGCCAAGGGCAAGUAUGUGAGGUUUUGAUUCUGGAAGUCUACCUAAUUUUGACAUCUAAGAGCUCAAGAUUUACAGAUGAAACACAUUUGAAGAUGUCUGAAAGGCACUCAGCCAGCCCUGGAGCAGGAAGUGAGGCCGGCUCACCUAUCAAGUUCAAGUACUCCAGUCUCCGAGAUUUUUGUUCCACAUCAUCCUGUGAAGAUAGUGGCCAUCAUGAGUUGUCAAGAUCUUGCAGCUUUGAUAAUACAGAUAAAGAUUUUUUUGGAACGAAAGAAAAGGACCCAGUAUUAAUCCACACACACCCUGAAAUUUCAGACCUGGGCUUAAUACAUUCCUUAAAGUCUCCUGCUCAAAGAAAUAAAUUUGUCUUUUCUAAGAAGGAAGAUACCCCAGGACUUUGUGAAACUCCUAAAUUUGCUGGAAAAAAAUCUUUACUACGGAGGUUAGAUGUAUCUUUCUCUCUUCUAAAGAAAGACCUUGAAUUACAAAACAGUUCUCAAAGUGCUAUAAGCCAAGUCUUCAAUUUAGACAAAAGUAUUCCUAACAGUGUUUUGGAUUUUCCAAAGCAAAAUAGCUUUAGCCCUUUAGUUACUAGCAAUGUAAAAACAGAGGAAGUGACUUCUAGCAGUCAAACCCUAAGACUAAAUUUUUCUCAACACAAAACUUCUACAAUUGAUGAUUCCAAGGACGAAUGCAGCCUAUUUGAAGUUGAAUGCAUAUCUCCAAUUCAGGGCAGUAAUUUUAAAGAUUCAAUCACACAGGACUUUAGUGAUAGCAGUUUAAGUGUUAGUGAUGAAAAUACAUAUCCUGAACUUCCGGGUUCCUCUGGUAGUAGAAUAACCUACAGCAGAGAUGAGGACAUAUUUGUGACUCCAGUAAAUAAUCUUGCCCCAAACACUGAAUUUUCUGCAAGUCAAAAACUUUCUCCUUCAGUUGAGAUAAGAGGCAGUAUUUCCACUCCUGAAGACAGUGGUUUUAACUCACUGAGCUUGGAUAAGUCAGACGAUUCCUUCUCUGAUCAAGAGGGUUCUUUUCAUGAACUAUUUCAGACAUAUAAAGGGACUUGCAAUAUGGGAGAUACGAUACAAAAAUCAGGGUGCCUUAGAAGGUCAAGAAGACAGUCUACCCUUCAGGAGCAAAGCUCACAAUCAGAGACAGAGGAGGAAAAGCAGAUCACCCACCCCACUUUUCAAACAAGACCAGAAGCUGCUUCAGACAUCUCAGAGAGUCCGCUGAGCACCGAUAAGAGUAGAGAUUUGACUUUAAGCUUUAAGAACUUAUCAAAGACUCCAGCCUUGCAAUUAGUGCACGAACUCUGUAUGAAAAGCAAAAGGAAAAGGUUCCAGGGAAAGGAUACAGAUGAAUUAUUAGAAGAAAGGGAUGGGGGAAAAAUAGCUGUACUGCAAUAUGCACUUGCUGGACUGAUUGGCAAGAAGAUGGGUAUAGAACAAUUGGACAUUUUAUCAGAAUUAAAAUAUAGAAAUCUAAAGCAUAUUCUUACUAUGGUUUUAGAUUCCUUGACUGAAGAGAGCUUAUACAGUGUCUGGAAUGUCAGUCGAAAUUGGCGUGAAAUUAUUGUUCAAGAUAAGAAAGCAAAUCGGAGGAGGAAAUUUUAUAUCACACACCUGAAAGCAGAUUCUAAGGGGGCUACAUUAAAUGUUGAGGAUGCUGCCACUUGUCUCCAUCUUUUAAAUCGCUCAGCUUUAAGAUCAGUACAAGCACAGGCUCAGACACCUAGUUCUCAGAAGGAGCAGGUUCCAACUUUGUCUCCUUGGGGAGAAGUUCUGACACCUCUGGCAAGCUCUACACUUAGUCACUUAAGCAGUAAACAAGAAGAAUAUGUUAAGGUCGCCAAGACACUUUUUAUUGGUGAAGCACUGAAACCUUGCCCAAAGUGCCAAUCCCCUGCCAAGUACCAGCCAUAUAAGAAAAGGGCAUUGUGUAGCCGCACAGCUUGUGGUUUUGACUUUUGUGUGCUCUGUCUGUGUGCUUAUCAUGGGUCUGAAGAAUGCAGUAAAGGAACAGCAAAGCCAAGGAAUAGAAAAGAUGCUCUCCCUGGAAGUGCCCAGAGUAAACGGAAUUUGAAACGCCUGUAA